UUGUCUAAGCGAGAAUCAAUCGAACCGUGAAAAGGAUGCCUCAGCGUAAAAAGUCGACAAGUACGGAGUCCAGCAGCGGUAGUUCAUCCGACUCCAGUUCCAGUGGAUCCGAUUCGGGUAGCUCGGGAGGAUCCGAUUCCGGAAGUUCGAGCAGCGAAAGUGAUUCUUCUAGCUCGAGGGAACCAUCUCCCCGUCCUACCCAAAGCAACAAUGCUGCUGCACUUGCCGGAACAAGCGGUGGGAAUGCCACAACACCGAAAACGAACGAAAAAAUCGUAAGACGACGAAGUUCCGAAGUUGGAAGCGCUGCAACCAAAGCGGGCAACCAGAAACAGGAUGGUGCCAAAGAAAAGCCACUCCCCGGUAAGCAGCAAAAAUUGUCCAAAAGUUCCAUCUCGUCGAGUGAUGACGAUGAUUCGGAACCGGAAACCGGUAAAGUGCCGCCAUCUGCUGGCAAGAAAGGUCAACCACAUGCGGAUAUAGCGAAGAAGAAAUCUGUCGCUUCUGUACAGGGCAAAGAAAGGGCACCGGGACCACCACCGAUCGGUGGUGGGAAGGUUCCACCAUCCGUAAUAAAGCAGCAACAUCAACAGAACCAUCCAAACUCAACCCCGGCUACAAAAGGAGCCGUAAAGGCUAGUACGGUGGUGAAAAGUCUACACAAAGCGAACAACAAUGGCGCCAGUUCAGGGACCGGGGUGAAAAAACCAACCCCCAGUGGUGCCCAAUCACUCACGACACCGGCCAGUAAGGGUAAAAAGAAAAGCAUCUUUUCACCCGUCAAUUCCUCUGAAUCGGAGGUGGAAACGACGCCGGAAAAAUCGGAUAUGCAAGACAGACGAACAUCCAGCUCGAGCUCUACUAGUGGGAACGUGGUUGCAUCGGGUGUUGCGAGUGGUCCGGAUGUUUUCGACAAGAAUCCGGCCGCAACUGGUGGAACCACGGGUGGCAGCAACUCAACAACUGCAUUACAGCGUGGCCGCGGACGUCCUCGUAAAGCAUCACAAGUAGGCUCACAAAGCAUCACCGCCCCAAAACCGGUUGGACAGGUGAAACCCCAAACGGGUAGCUCGUCGGGUGGCAUGAAUAAAGCCAUCAGUCCUGUGUCGGUUCCCUCGUCCAAGCCGAUAAAAUCUCCCAUUCGGGCACUGUCCUCCGCCACGUCUAGUUCGAGCGGAUCUUCUUCCAGCGGCUCGUCCGACUCGGAUACCGAAUCUUCGGACGAUUCAUCCCCUUCGAUCAGUGCGGCAGCGGCACAGAACUACAAGAAAUCGAACAACACCAUGAAACGGGUGCUCGAGCGAACACCACAGAAGAAUGACACUGCCAAGGAUGGAGCCGGAGCAGGUUCGGACGGUUCGGAAACGGAACGGUUGAAACAAACUCGCAAGUUAACACGUUCAGCAAGUACGCGCAAAUCGAAACACUUGCUCGGCAAAAACGCGUCCGAAACCGAUUCCGAUGUGGAGAGUGUGAAAAAUUCGGCCUCAAAAAGUCCCGCUAAAAAAGCGCCCUCCGUUCCGUCGAAAGGAAAGGCCAAAAAUAAUCUCACCAAUUCACUGUCCAGCAAAAGGGCAACCGAUAGACCAAUCGCAAAGGAAGUAUUGGUCGAGGAAGCUCCAAUCGAGCGUCGCUGUCCGAUGGAAAGAUGCGAUUCAAUGGGACAUAUGGGUGGUCAGUUUGAAAAGCACUUCACACUGGAAGCUUGUCCAAUGUACCACAACAUGUCCAUUGAGCAAACGAAGCAACUGAUGACCGAGCGCAAACUGCACGAAGAUGAACGGCGCCGUGCUGUUCCGGUGUACGAAAAUUCGAAAAAGAUUCAAACACCAGAACAGAAGCUGUACGCACAGAAGAUUCGUGAUUUGCGGGCACGCUUCAAACCGUCCACACCGCCACCACUUUCCGAGCGCCCGAAGUCAUUCCUGGAUCGGGAUGGGAAUGAAAUUAAGCCCGAACCCAAGCUGGAAGGCAUUGUGCCGGAUUACGAUCUGCAGCUGUUCCGGGAAGCGCAAGCACUGGCAAGCGAAAGCAUCGAGAAGGAGCUGGGUGAUAUGGUGACCGGCAAGGGCACGAAAUACAUUUCCAUGGGACGACACUGUAUGCAGGUGUGGUAUCAGUCACCGUAUCCGGACGAUGCGACGAGGUUGCCGAAGCUGUAUUUGUGUGAGUUUUGCUUGCGCUAUCAAAAGUCUGAAGUGGGCAUGAAGCGGCAUGCGGCUAAAUGUGUUUGGCGGCAUCCACCGGGUGAUGAGAUUUACCGCAAAGGUAAGCUGGGUGUUUGGCAAGUGGAUGGAAAACGACACAAACAGUAUUGUCAGCAUCUUUGCCUGCUGGCCAAAUUUUUCCUCGAUCAUAAAACGCUCUACUACGAUGUGGAACCGUUUCUCUUCUACGUUAUGACGCUGGCGGAUAGUGAUGGAUGUCAUACGGUGGGAUACUUCAGCAAGGAGAAAAACUCCUUCCUCAACUACAACGUGUCCUGUAUCCUCACGCUACCACCGUACCAAAGGAAGGGCUACGGCCGGCUGCUGAUCGACUUCAGUUACCUCUUAACACGAGUGGAAGGCAAAAUAGGCUCUCCCGAAAAACCGCUUUCCGAUUUGGGUUUAAUAUCCUAUCGUUCCUACUGGAAAGAUGUGUUGCUAGCCUAUCUCUGUUCCCGACCUGGAACCACUCUCAGCAUAAAGGAUAUUUCACAGGAAAUGGCGAUCAAUUCCUAUGAUAUCGUCAGUACACUGCAGGCUCUUGGCAUGAUGAAGUACUGGAAAGGCAAGCACAUCAUACUCAAAAAACAGGAUGUUCUGGAGGAGUACGAGGAACGUGUCAAGCGUCGGGGUAACAUGCCGAAGAUUGAUCAAUCUUGCCUAAAGUGGACACCGUUUGUCGCGCCUACACCAUCGACGCCAUCAUCCUAGCGCCAGCCACACAUGAACAACGUUCACACUUAUUACAACAACACCGGCCAUUCAACAUUAGGGGCGAACAAUUGUACAAGUAAAAAUAAUGUUCGAGGCGUCUUUUAAUCUCACGGCAACGCUGGGAAAGUUCCUGCUA